AUGGAUAGAUCCAAGUCCCCAAAUAUGGCGACUGUUUUAAACGCAAGAAGGAUGGCCAAACGAAAACUACAGAGAAGCGCAAGAAAGAAUCGAGAUAAAGAGGAACGUGCAAAGAAGGUAAUACUUUUGUCUGAGUAAAAACGCAGUUUCAGUUUUUAAGCACGCAGACGUCCUUUCUUCGUCUCUAUGUUAAUUGUUAAAUGCAUAACCGUAACGCACAAAAUAAUCCAGCUGGUUAGAGUAAAGUUGUCACUUUUAUUGGUUUGUAUUUCAUUCAACAAUAUGUUUGGCCUUUUUAAUUAAAACAUUGACAAGGUUUGAAAUUAACUGACUCAAGGAAAACAAAUGGAGAAAAGUUCUCUGGCCAAUCAGAGGAUGGGAACAACACAUGAUUGGUGCGCCGACAGGUUAUCAUAGUUAAAUCAUUUCCAAACGCAUUUAAUUCCCUCCCACAGAGCAGUUGUAUCACUUUCUUCCAGCCUUUUUUUUUCAACUGAUUCACAUCGCUGACCAGAUUUUAAGGUGUACGAUUUGUCAGAUACAAGGUGUUUACUCACUUCUGAGUUUAUAACAGAAGUCCCGAAGCGUAAGCAUUCAAAUGAAAGUUCAUUACAGAUGUAUUGGCGUCCUGUACCAGUGGCAGCUGUUUAUAAGAAGCAAAAUAUAAUUUUUGUGUGUCUAUGAAUCUUGACACGUGACCGUAACGGCUGAGCAAUAAUGAUAAAACUUUCAAACGGUGCCUACAGGAAUUAAAGUUUGUAAUCUCCACCGUGGACGCUCACAAAUUAAAUGAUCAAAGAGGAGGCGAUUUGUGCUCAAAUGAAAAUUUUAAAAGAAAUGUUACUAUGUUUGCACAAGCUUGUACAAUUAUCAACCAAGUACUUAUUAAAAUCAUUCAAGUUGCAAAACAGUUUGUUUAAAACACAAUGCAGUGCUUAGUCAAAGUAAUCAGUCUUUGAAAGCCGUCAGCGCUUCGAUGGUCCUCUAAUUGACCAGUAUCCACGGACAUUCAUCUCAAUAAGGCGACAUCACUACGGCCGUGGAAAAUGGAACGGCAUAGAAAAGCCAAAAAGGCGAAAAAAGCUUCAACUGGAAUUCUUAAGAAGCGUGUGCCGCCUUCACCAGUAACCGCGGACAUAAUCGUGAUCGUUGUCAAAAAAGUGAGUUUGGGCAUUUUUUUCUUUUAAAACUCCAUCGUAUGUCACUCUUCAGGUGAAUAUCUAUCGAUUUCUCUCUAUCUAAAAACAGUUUUCAUUGUUAACACAAAGAAAUACAUGAACUGACAUGACAACUUGGGCAAAGGACAAGCUUUUGUUGGUCCGUCCACAGGGCGCCCAGACUUACUACUGGUACUGGAAGCCAAAUUAUAUAAUAAGGAUUUGCAUGGGAACUUAUCGUAAGAUCCAUAAAACGGGCAAAAUGCAUAUAAACAGCCAUCAAAAUGAACUUACCUCAUAAAGAGUUGUGUCUGUGUUGUUUUCUUACUGUUUCCGGCCAUAUAAAUGAGCAAGUUUUGAUGUUAUGGUUUCUCACCUCUUAAGAAGAAGACAGGGGAAAUCUCGGCUGUCCUCCGCUACCAGAAGAGAAACCUCCAAAAAGUACCCUUAUUCCACUCCCGUCGCUCUUAAUCUUUGCUUGAGCAUAGACCAAAGAUUUUCUCUCCUUGAAAAUGUCAAUUUAGUUCGAUUCCAUACAAUGAGCCACGGUCUCAAGAGGACAGCCGAGCCCGCUUAUAAUUUAAUUUCCAGUAGGCUGUUGUGAGUCUGGGUGUCCUGUGGUGCAACGAGAGAAUUUAUCUACCACGCAUGCGUAACAGUAAGAUCCGCAACUCGACUUACAACUUGACUGUACAGCUAUGAGAUUAUAUUAAAAACCUAAUAAAGAUUAUAUUGAUAUAAUCUCAUAGCUGUAGAGUCAGCCUUGCUUUUUACUCUGUAAGACGUCUUUGCUGUCUUAUUAGUAAACUGGCCAAGAAUCUUCGGCCUUUUGAGCUACAAUGAGGAGGAGGGGGGAGGGAGGGAUUUUCAAGCUGCAUGAUCUUUUUAACCUGAGAUCAUGCGGUACUGUAUGCCUUCUCCUUUUUUUCCCUUUGCCCGUCGCUCUUCCCCGAAAAAAAAAAAUAACGAAUGCCUGAUCAAUAACUUUUUCUUGCAUGAUGUUUCUCCAGUUUCCUCAUAAAGUUUUGAUAGUCCGCCCCGUAUUAUAAAGAUACUUUUUAUAUCCAGCAUUUGAGAGACAGUGAAACCCCGCCUUACGACCACCUCGUUUAUUAGAUCGCCUCGUUAUUACGACCACAAUCUUUCGACCAAACUGGUAUUUUAUUAAUUUGAACAUCCCGUUAAUAUGACCAUCUCGUUAUCACGACCAGGAUUUAUGGCCCCCAACGGCAGUCGCAUUAACUGAAAAAAAUACUCCCUCCAGCAUAAUUUUGAGGGGGUUUAUUAAAAUAGCCACAGAGCGCCCUUAAUAAGGCAUUUACAGUAAUUAAAGAAUAAUCCGAUUUGAUAUUGUUUGGCGGAACAAUGCAAACAAGAUUACUGAUUCCCAAUGGCCAUAAAUAGUUUAAUAAAAGAGCCGAAAUCUUAGACCUGUUAUUCUUUGCUAUUACAGAACUAAUUAACUAACUCACAAAAACAAUCUAAUAUCAUAGAGGACACUGCGGUGCGGGGGCUCAUUGUUGCUUAGUUUAAUACUGGAAUUACAUCGCGAAAUAGCUUUUUGGUUUUGUGGUCAAGGAUAGGCGAUUAACCUUGUACACGUUUGAAUCUUUUAUGGAAAGUCUCGAGCUUCCAAAUCGUUCGAAGCGUGGCAAAAGCUCGCGGCAAAAGAAAAUUGAAACAUCUCGAAAGGUUAGUCUAAUUACCUUGUAAAAGGAUGACGGACAAACUGUUGAAAGGUUUUACUUAUAUAGACACCGAUUCCAAGUGACCUUAAUUUUGCCUGCUGGUUUUUCUGUGUAUGUUGAAAGACCUCAUGAACUACGAAGUACUAGUCGAUAAACAACACCCCUCCCUGCUGGAAAAUAGAUUUUUGCAACCUGUGGCGUUGCAUAGCAACAACUAUCCGCGAAGCAUAUUCAAGAUGGCGGACACGAAGAAGUCUCGAUCAGCUAUUCGGAUCAAAUCUUCGGAAAGAAAAAGAUCUGCAUCCAAACGGGACUCCGCAACAACAAGAAACAAAAACCAAUCCGUUAGUAACCUACCUUUUUCGAAUUUUACUUUUAAGGUCGUUCGGAAAUACCGUAAAAACGUCUACUUUGUUUUUAAGUUUGAAUUCAAAUAUUUCUGUUACAUUUUCCAUGAUUUCUUUGAAUCGAUGUCUCUAAGCCUGUUUGUUCCACUUUGUAUUGUACAGAUAAAUAACAAGAGUUAUGAAGGGAUUUCACUUAACCCGUGAAGUAGGUAGUAGAAUACUACGCACUAUGCACUAAUUUCAUUGUCUUCUUUUGUUUACUAAUUGUAGCAACUUUGCACAAGUAGUUAUUAUCUGUUUCACGGGUCAAGUAAAAUCACUCUAAACAUGAUUUUUGUUAUUUGAACAGUUUCAUGCAAAUUUAGGCUGAUCAAUAAGUGUGUUGUAAAAAUGUACUUUAAAAUGGAGAACAUUGUACAUGUACCUAUGUUACAGGAUGUCAACUUUUCAUCCAUAACUUUAUGAUUUACAGGAAGAGGAGGAGAAAGAAUCAUUAGCCUGGAAAGUUUUGUCUGAAGAACAAACUCAAGCACUCAAGGAACUUACAGCACGUGAGCUGGAAGUGUACGUUCAACUAGUUCAUUAUAAGCUUACUAUUAAAGAAACAAUUUGUUGUUUGAUAUUUUGGCCCCAGCUUGAUCUUUGCUGGUCCUACAAAAAAUGCGGAGGUCAAUCACCUGAACUGAGAUGAGGUCAGAAUCACAGCCGCAACAAAGCAUUCAGCCUGCAUGGCAGGGGCAAAAAAGGGGAGGAGGAGGAGGUGGGGGGGGAAGGGGAGAUAAAUGCAAAGGGGAAUAGCUGGGAAAAGAAGUGCAGCAUCUCUUUUCCUCCCUUUUCCCUUCCUCCAGAUUUCCCACCUCUUUCGAUUCGACACCUGCCAUGGCAGCAACAGAGGGUGCCCAUCUCCCAGCAUUCUGCAGGUGGGUGUUUGUCAGUCAUUGCUAAUAUUUGCUUUGGAAAGCUACAAAUGCAGCCCCCAUGUGAACAGAUUCAUACAAAGACUCCACUGUGGGGCUUCAAUAAAAUAGCGUGCAGUGUGCUAAUUUCCCACCCAGUGGACAAAUAAGAAAGCCAUGCCAUAAAUACAUGAAUGAAACAGUAUUAACUUAACAGAUGAAUAUUAGCAAAAAGCAAAGUGAUCCUUACAAACCUAACAUAGGCUUGUUUAGUUGAUUAAAAAGUUGAUGUAAUUCUUUUUGUAGGAAACUGGGUGAAGUUCUGACCAUUGAAAGUUAUCACAAUUCUCUUCCUGAAGCGUGUGUGUUGGACUACUACGUUGCUGGGUUUUGGUAUCCUUUUCAUCAUACUGCUAGCAGUUACCAAAUUCUGUUGCAGUAAAAAUUAAAUAUUAGAUACUUAAAAGAAAUGAUUCACUCUUUGAGUUUGGAAAAGAACAUGUUUCAGAUAUGUACCUCAUCAUCAAUUACAUGUAAAUGCAGGUGGAACCUAUGUUAUUUUUUCUAGAAUUUACUAAUACCCGAUUACUGAUUAAGAGUGAAUGGUAAAUUAUCCGGCUCAUCUUGUUAGACUGUGAUGAGUGGUUUAUCCUUUACACCAACUGGUUUUUAUAAUAAUCUCUAUAGCUACAGCAGGCGGGAAGAUUUUCAUUUUAGGCUGGUGUUAAAUUUAAUUAUAAUGCAAGAAAGUUUUUUCCUUGACAGAGACUUCCUCUUAAGGUUUGCAAAGGAGCAAAAUUUUACACUUCAGCAGAUUUCAGCAUUUUUUACCCUUCUUAAAGUGAUGCUAGACAAUAUAAAAGGUAUCUCUAUCGCAGUAUGGGAGAUGUUCUAAAAUUAUAAAAAUAAUAAUAAUAAUACUUAAUAAUUGUGCAAGAAGGUUAUUUGCAUUCAGAUAAUCGGGCCACACCUGAAGUCAUACACCUGCAAAAAGGAGCCCAAAAUUCCGGGGAAUUCUGGGGUAAAAUUCCUGGCUUUCCAGGCUUUUUUGCACAUGCAGAAUAGGCGGGAAACAGGUCUCCGGGAAACCCGGAACGGAAUCAUGGAAGAGCUAGGGAGUGCCAGAAAUCAUUCUAGUCAGAAGCUCUGGCCUUAUUUGCACAUAAGGAAAAGCUUGGUAAGUGUGGAAAAUUUUCUCAUGGCUUUCUGGACUAUUCCAGGAAUUCCUGGAGAGCCAGGAAAUGUCUGACCAAGAUGGUGUCUUAGUAGGACAUAUAUCCUUUCAAGAGAAAAAAAAAUUAUUUGCAGUUCUGAGACCUGGGGAAAUGGUUGUGUUUCUUUAGACAGUUAUUUUUGAUAUAGUUACUAAUUUUUAUUUCUAUACUUUCAGUUUGUCAUCAAUAACUGUGUUGUUAAUACUUAUUUUAAUGAUUUACUAACAUACAUUAUACUAUUCAUGUUUCAAAUGAAAAUUAGAAUUCGAAGUAUCAUGAUAUAGGACAAUAAACUUAUCAUACUUUAUAUAUGCUUUCCUUUCUCUUUUUUCUUAUGUUUGUUUGUUGGUUCGUUUUUUCAGAACACCAUUUCUCCCUGAUUGAGAGCAUUCAAAAGUUUAAGACACUUCUGGCAGGCAUUGGAGUAGAAAACUGCCCCCAAAAUGGAGGGCUUGAAUGUUUUGACGUUAAUCAGGCUAAAGUCAUCACAGACUACUUUACUGACAGGUAAAGAACAACAAUAAUAUUAUUGUUGCAUCAUAGUGAUAUUGAUUCAUCCAGGGGUAUCAAGUACAUAUUACUUGAUGAGCUCCUUCCUUUAAUUCAAAGGGUCUCAGAUCAGAAUUUCUAACGGUUCUUUCCAAGAUAAGAGGAUGUUUUGCUACUCUUCAACUGCAGGAUAUAUUUGAGUGUUAUUUAUACAAAAAGUCAAGGCAUUGACCAUUGUGAUGUUCCUUUUUCACAGCUUAUUUCAACACUACAGAUUGUACCAGUUUCUAUUUACUCAAGAGCCCCAAGAGGAAGUUGUUAUAUCACAGGUAUGCAUUUGUUGUCAUCUUGGACUGGCUUGUUGCUGGAGCCUUCUAGUGCAUACAUAAUAUUAAAAGCUUUAAAGUAACUUUUGAUAAACUGCUGCAUUUACCUUUCAAAUUGUCCUGUGUUUGCUUUUGAAAGAAAAGAAGAAUAUUUUGACAUUUAUGUUUAGAGUUACUUAAGGCAAUUGUUCCACUCAGCCCUUCAAACAUCUUUAUGCAUGGAAACAUAACUUUUUGCGAUGACCUGACCUAAAGUAAACAGAGCUUGUAAAAUUUUACAGUUGCACCCUCUUCUAAUGGUCUCUAAUAAGACCAUGCGCCUCUUUACCAUCCUCUUCUUAUUAAUUAUUCACCCCUCUAUUGGAUAGCAACUUUCAAUUUAUAUCUGAUUUUUUAUUUUGAAAAUUAGUUUUUGAUACAGCAUUGUUAAAGUUAGGGUGUUUUGCCCUUCAGUUUAGUUCACUAUUAGUUUGUCUUUCUUCUUUGACACAGCUUGCUGUUGAAGUACCACCUCUGGCCAGUGUUCCGUUCCCCCCUCCACUUGAUGAGGGUAUGACAGAAGAUGUGUGGAGAGAACACGUGAUGACACCACCACAAUCACCUCAACUAAAGCAACAAAAAGAUGUAAGAAUUUCACCAUUGAUUAACUGACUUAAGCUACCAUAGUUCAGAGAUACUAUACUGCCAGCUGUUCUCAUACCUUCAAGGACAUGACUGUCAUCAAUUCUGUGGAUCACAAACUUUGAUCUCACACUUUCUUAGGCCUGCAGACCAGUCUCUGAUGUCUUGUGGAAAAAUCUCAGCUAUUACAGCUAUAAAAUCAAACCAACAUGGAAAGUAAUGUGUAAUGUGCAAUGUGUAUGCUACUUCUUCCCCCCCCCCCCCCCAAUGGAAAAAAAUUAAAUAAAUAAGAGUAUUAGUACGAAACGAAAAAUUAAAAUCUUGUUACCCAAAUAAGUGAGUUUGAAUUAAUUUUAUUCCUUACAAUAUUCCACAUUCAUAGGGUGAUGUAGAUUCAAAAGGAGAGGAAGGUAUUUUUCUUCAUGAAUUCCUUGCUAGCCUAAACUAAUGUAUUGUUAACUGUGAAACAAUAAGUGUGAUACAUAAUCUGACCAAGUUGGUGUGGAAUAUUGGGCACUUAAGUCAUUUCAGUAAUUCUGUUGGGUAAUUUUGUUUACAGCCCAGUCAGCUGCACUUAACCUUGCUGAGAAUCAAACUGCAGAAGAUAUUUUGGCAUCUGUGAAACCAGAGCAGGUCAAGAGUAUUGUUAACAAGGUGGCAGAUGAGGUGUUAGGAAAUUUCAAGGUAUGCUGUGAGCUGCUCUGUUGCCCUACAUUAAAGUAUUUUAAUGAUCCUAUAUUCCUUGAAUAAGAAAAAAAAGACAUUUAGUUCAAUAGGGUUAGUGCUAAGUCAAACAACUUGGGCACUGAAAUAUCAAGGAUUUAAUGCUUAUCAAUUUUUAAUAAGUAGAGAAUUGUUCAUUAUUUAUAAAGAACACAGUAUUAACAGAUACUGUACAUAGAAUUCAAAAAACUGUGGUUCUUGCACCAACCAUUUUUGGCUGUCUAAGUUUACAGGGAUGAAGAUAACUUUGCACAGGAAGACCUGAAAGAACUAGGAUUUCCUUGUGGUAACCUAAACUGGAUAGAAAUGUGUCAAGGGGAGGGGAGGGGACUCUGGUUGUAUGGCUGAUUUAGGUUUAAUCAUGAAUCAUAUAUGUGGAGAGAGUGGUGAGUGAAUUGUGGGUGCUUGUUCAAGGAAAUGCUCGACAGUUGAAAACCUGUAACAACACGUGACUGCAGAAAUAUGUUUUGAUUGCAGUCUAAUCUUAACCGAUGCACCAUCGCUUAACACACAUGAUCAAAAUUUGAAAUAGGUAUUAUAAUUUACAGGUGAGAUAUGUUAGCUCAGGCCUGUUAUGAUACCAAGAUAAAAUGGUUUGAAUUAAGGUGGGGCUAAUUUAAACUGUGCUGGAGAAGCUUUUUUGAUAAUCUGGAUACAGUUAAGUCUAUAAAAUGUCAUGAUUUUUUCUUAUAAUUUUCAGGCUGAAGUUGAAGCAAAGCUCAAGGAAAGAGAAACAUUGUUGACUUCAAAAAUAGGAAAACUACAAACGAGAUAG